AGCUCCGAGUUGGUGAAGGGAAAUAGAAGGAAUACCGUAGCGAAGAGUUUACUAGGCAGAUAUAUUAGAGAGAAAGAGGUUAAAGGAUCGUUACAUUAGUGAAGAAGGGAAUCCGAUCCGCGUUCGUCAGCAAUGCAUCGUUUAAGAUCACUGCCUUGCUUCACCGCUGGAGUUUGUCACUUCAGAGCUGCCAAUGUUUCGGGGAAACCCAACGGCUUUGUCAAUUGGCUGUGGAAAUGGCAACAGCCCCCCAGGGGGCGAGCGACGAGCGGUUCUGAUCGAAACCCCCUCCUGAACCCUGCCAAGCCCGAGGUCAAAAAGACGAAUGAGAAUGGGGACAUUCCGAAAGAACCGAGGAAGCACAAACCGGGCCUGAUGCCAGGACUGGAGGACAUGCUUUUCUACACAAUCACCGAGGGACAUGAGCAGAUUCCGAUCCCCAAGUUUAUCAGUGCAUUGAAAUCAACAGGACUGCUGACCUCCGACCCCCGGCUAAAAUACUGCAUGGACCUCCUGCGUCAGACAGUACAGAAUUCUUCAAGUGGAGUCACCAUGGACAGACACCUGUUUAGAAAGUUUUUUGGAAGUAACAUUGUGCUGCUGACCCAGGCCUUCAGGAAAAAAUUUGUCAUUCCUGACUUUGAAGUAUUUUCCUCACACAUAAACCGGCUUUAUGAGAAUGCAAGAAAGAAGACCUCUGGUAAGGUUGCAGACUACAUUCCACAACUGGCCAAGUUCAGCCCAGAUCUGUGGGGGGUUUCUCUAUGUACUGUGGAUGGACAGAGACACUCCGUUGGAGACACCAAAAUCCCCUUCUGUUUACAAUCCUGCAUAAAGCCGCUGGAGUACGCCAUCGCAGUUAAUGAAUUCGGCACCGACUUUGUUCACCAGUAUGUGGGCAAAGAGCCCAGCGGACUACGGUUCAAUAAGGUCUUUUUGAAUGAGGAAGAUAAGCCCCAUAAUCCCAUGGUAAAUGCAGGAGCAAUUGUUGUUACCUCGCUUAUCAAGCCUGGAGCAAACAAAGCAGAGAAGUUUGACUGUAUUAUGCACUUCCUUAAUAAAAUGGCUGGUAAUGAAUAUGUGGGCUUCAGCAAUGCCACGUUUCAGUCAGAAAAGGAAACGGGAGACAGGAAUUUUGCCAUUGGAUACUACUUGAAAGAGAAGAAGUGUUUUCCAGAGGGUGUUGACAUGAUCGCUACAUUAGAUUUCUACUUCCAGCUGUGCUCGAUCGAGGUGACAUGUGAGUCAGGUGGUGUAAUGGCUGCCACCUUGGCCAAUGGGGGAAUCUGCCCAAUCACAGGAGAGCGGGUCCUAAGCGCUGAGGCGGUGAGGAACACCCUCAGCCUGAUGCACUCGUGUGGGAUGUACGAUUUCUCAGGCGAAUUUGCUUUUCAUGUUGGCCUUCCAGCAAAAUCUGGCGUUUCUGGUGGUGUUCUGCUGGUGGUGCCCAAUGUGAUGGGCAUCAUGUGCUGGUCUCCUGCCUUGGACAAAGUUGGCAAUAGUGUGAGAGGUAUCGACUUCUGUCAGGAGCUGGUUUCUUUGUUCAACUUUCAUAACUAUGACAACUUGAGGCAUUUUGCCAGGAAACUAGAUCCACGGAAAAACGGAAGUGAAGUCAGGGAGGAGUCAGUGGUGAACUUGCUCUUUGCUGCAUACAGUGGUGACAUAGCUGCACUGCGGAGAUUCGCACUCUCUGCUAUGGACAUGGAACAGAAAGACUAUGAUUCACGUACACCACUACACAUAGCUGCAGCUGAAGGUCAUGUGGAAGUAGUUUGUUUCCUUCUCGAUGGCUGCCGUGUAAAUCCCUUCUGCAAGGACAGAUGGGGUAAUACUCCUUUGGAUGAUGCAAUUCACUUCAACCAUCACCACGUUGCGAAGCUGCUAAGGAACUACCAGAUGUCUUACUCCCUGUCAGAGACAGCAGAGAGCGACAGUGAGGUUACAGCUGAUGAAAAUACAGGGGAAAGUGGCGAAAGACCACCAACCUCUCUAGUCACAAAAGCCUGAAAGUCAGCCCUGGUUCUCAUGUAUUGCCUGUGAUGUAGGUGUCUAGUUAUGCAACAGCAAUAUGUUGUCCUGCUAGAAUGACAAGAACUAAAUGUUGUAGUUUCACAGUCAGACUUGCCUUACUGCAGCAAAGCCACAAAUCAAUAUUUACUCCAGUAAAAGCACUUCUAUUUUGGUUAGCUGGAUGGUUGACUACCAGAAACCACGACUGAGUCCAUACCAAGAGUCCACCAUAAUUGUGUCUAAACUGAACUGCUGACAAAUCCACAUUGCUGUAUUUUAACAGGCCAAAAGUCCACGUUAAAAAAUAAUUCCCAACAAACCAAAACAAAUCAGAGUUGAAGGAAGAGAAAACUAUACAAGACAAAAACAAACCUCAAGUCAUUAAACAAAAAGGAGGUAGGAAGUGAAGAUAUAAAGACACAAGGUUAAAAAAAAUACACUUUUUUCCUGGAUGUGAUGGAUUUUAUACUGUUUAAGAGGGGUUGGAGCAGGUGG